AUGGAACCUAGCGAGGAAAAACCUGAAGCACUCGACGUCCACGUCGAGGAGGCACAACCAAAGAUUGGCAGAAAUGGAGUCAUUCUCAUCCCUCGCCCUUCGGAUGAUCCCCGAGACCCCUUGAACUGGCCCACCAGCAAGAAGAUUUUGACUCUGGUCAUCGUGUGCCUGGCAAGCUUUGCGGGCCUCAUCGGUCCGCAAGCCAAUCUGGCGGGCUACAUGAUCCAAGCCGAAGUAUACGGCACGACACCACUUAGAGUGGCAUAUUCGCUUACCGGCGCCGGGGUUGCCCUGGCUGUCGGUCCGUUUCUCUGGUCGCCACUAUCCAAGGUGAUGGGGAGGAAUGUCAUGAUCUUCUGGUCCAUGACGAUUCUGGCCAUGUGCAACAUCUGGGCCGCGUGCAUGAAUGGUCCCAAUGACUAUGCGCCGUACAUGGCUUCCAAGGUCAUUGGGUCUUGGUUCGCCUCAGCGUCUGCGAGUAUCUCCGCUUCCAUACUCGUGGAAAUCUUCUUCUUGCAUGAUCGUGGCAAAGCUUUCGCCAUCUGGCUCAACUGCGGGCUGAUGGGCAGCUGCGCGGCCGGGACGGUGUCAGGAUACAUUGUGCAAAACACCACCUGGCAGGUCCAGUUCUGGUACAACGUGGGCCUUGAGUUUUUUGUCGCGCUGCUGUCCUUGUUCUUCCUCGACGAGACCAGGUUCGUGCGCGACGGCGACGCCCAAGAACAAACGCCGCGCUUGGGCACUUUGUCCAGACUCGCGGGCUUCCUCUUGCUCAAGCGGACAGUACCCAGGAAAACCUUCCGGGACUUUCUCGGGUAUGCCGCCAUGCCGUUCAAGGCGGCGUACUCGACCACGGCCGCUCUGGUCGGACUCGCCCUGAUGAUGAGCAUCACCUGGGCGACGGCGGUGAACACCUCGCUGGCGCUCUUCCUCCAGGCCCCCGUGGAGCGGGGAGGCUACGGGUUCACACCGGCAGAGAACGCAGCCUUCACCUUCACCACCUGGGUCGCGGUCGCGGUCUCCCAGUUGUACAGCCAGCUCGUCAACGAUCGCCUGCCUCUAGCCAUCUGUAAGCGGAGGCGCGGCGUGUGGCACCCCGAAUACCGACUGUACCCGUUGGUGCUCCCCAUGGGCAUCGCCAGCAUUACGGGACUCGCCAUAUUCGGCGUGGCCCUGCGGCACCACUGGGAUCGCAUCGUGCUCGCCUUUGGCAUGUUCCUCAUCUAUUUCGCCGACAUCAGUACCAUCUCCCCUAGCUCCACCUACGUCGUCGAGUCCAUCGGGACCGAAGCCGCCACCGAGGUCAUCACGGUGCUCAGCUUUUCCCGUCUCAUCCUGGGCGUCCUGGUACCACUGUUUCUCUUUGACUGGAUCGCAGCCGUCGGAGUCAACUGGGUCUUUGGAACCAUGGCCUUCAUGAACGCCGCAGCGUUUGGGAUUGUCUUCAUCCUGAUGAUCUUCGGGUCCAGGCUUCGCAACCUCGACAGAGUCGGAACCCAAGCGGAGGACGAAAUAAAGGUCAUGCUAGCCACCAUCGUGGCACAUUAG